CUGACACGCCACCUCUUAUUCUCCCCCCAAACUGUAGAUCCCACCCAUCUCCGACUCUCUCACCUCUCUCCGACCGACAGAGACCAAACCCCAGAACCCCAAAACAACCCCCACAAAAACCCAUUUCAAUAAUCUUCAAUGAUACUUCUCCAAUCCCAUUCAAGAUUCCUCCUCGACACCUUGCUCAAUCGCCUCCAAAACAUCGAAAAAGCUGUGGAGCUUGACUACCAUUGGGCCGAGUUCGAUGACGUCCGCUACCACAUUCAGGUGACGAUGAAGAACCCACACAUUGUGCUGCUUUCGGUUUCGCUGCCGACUCCGCCUCCGGAGACAGUGUUCUUGAGUGGGCUGCCUGCUGGGGCUAUAGAAGCUAUCAAGACUGCUUAUGGAUCAGUGGUGCAGAUUCUGGACCCACCUAGAGAUGGGUUCAAUCUUACUUUGAAGCUCAAUCUCUCUAAACUUCCUACAGAUGAAGAGUACAAACAUGCUCUUUUGGUAAAGAUUGCAUCCAUUAGGGAAGUGGUGCUAGGAGCUCCAUUGAGAGUAGUUCUGAAGCAGCUUGCUUCAAGGACUGUUCCUUCCGAUAUUGAUCCACUUCUUGCUCUUGUGCAUCGGCCAAAAGAGUCUUAUUUCCUUAUACCUCAGGCAGAAAAGUUGACCGUGGUCUUCCCUAUGAGAUUCAAGGACUCUAUUGAUAUUGCUCUUGCAACUUCCUUCCUGCAGGAAUUUGUGGAUGCAAGACGUACGGCUGGACUUAAUAAUGCUCCUUACUGUAUAUGGUCGCCGAUCCCUCCUUUAGAACUAAAGGGGGCUCCUGAUGAAGCUCUAUCUGUCAAUGCGGGAUUCGUUACUUUUGUAAUCUUACCUCGUCAUGUGGAAGGCAAGAAGCUGGAUCGAACAGUUUGGAGUUUAUCAACUUUCCAUGCAUAUGUUAGUUAUCAUGUUAAGUGUUCAGAGGGAUUCAUGCAUACAAGGAUGCGACGUCGUGUAGAAUCUUUGAUUGAGGCUCUUGAUCGUGCUAAGCCUGGAGUGGAGAAUGCAAGGAAGAAUGCAGCUCAGAAUAGAUCCUUUAAGCGGCUGAGCCUCAAGGAAGCUAGGAAACAUUCUUUUAAUUAAACAAUGUGUCAUUGCCACAUACUGAGAAGGAAGUGGACCUUGGAUGCAAUGGCAGAUUGUCAUCAACGAAUGGCUCGAGAAUAUGCAGGUCUGUCUGCUGUAAAUGCAAGUGAGUGCAAGUUCUUGUACUUUUAUCCCUCAACUAGUAAAAGAGAAUUCAUUUUGUCAUCAACAGUUAGUAGUUGGUCCUAUGUGAAACAAGAAAGGUUAAAAUGACAAUAGAUGCAAUUUGAUAC